GCCGAAGGCACAACAGGUGUGGACUCAUAUUACGCCAGCGCUAAGACCCGUGGGAAUGAACACUCUGGACUGUAGUAACCCUAACCCUAUUACAACACGUGUUUCUGGUGCUUACAACUUUUGUGGCCGUCGUCCUUACCGUCCGCAUCGUCCGCUCGUCAUAUUCACCGUUGCUGGCAAUGGCGAUGGUCGGUGUUAGUUCGACACCAUCAUACACCAUCCAGGAAGCAACAAGACAGUCCACUCAAGCCUGGCGGAAUGAUCUCACUAACCUCUUUCAUCAGGCAAAGGAUCGAUUCGCAGAUGUCGUCUGGGAACUCCACUCGGACGAUAAUGACGACGACCACGAUGAAGUUUGGGGCCACAAAGCUAUCGUGUAUGCACGCGCCCCGCCUUCCUUCCAACAACGCUACUUUCAAUUCCGCCCUCCUCCCAUCGCUUCCCCGACUCCGUACUCUGCAAGUCCCUCUCCAGCGCCAGCCCAGUCUGCUAUGUCCUUAAGUCUCACCCUGGACUACCAGGCCUCCCGUUCUCCCUCUCCAUACCAUUCAUCAUCCCCUUCGCCUUCUACGAACCUCAAUGCCGUCAUGCGCAUACCAGCCAUUAGCAGCACAACGCUGUUUUCGAAUGAGCUGGAAUAUCUGUACACAGGCGAGGGACUAGGCGAAGCAUUUGAAUUUCUCUUUGAUACCUCUGAGUCGCGUGAGCUUGUCGAUGCAGAGGAGAACCGCGUUGACAAGCUGCGCAAAGACCUCGUGUUCAUGUGGCGAUCUCGUCUUUAUUCUGACGUUCGCAUCGCUCUGUCUGGCACCUUUUCCUCGACAAAUCACGAGCCAGCAACCGCUAUUUUUUCUUCUCACCGCUUCAUCCUCGUAUCCCGUUCCCCCUACUUCCAUGCGCAGCUCUUAAACUGGGCCCAGCCAACAAAGCCCGGGGAACCAAUCACGGUCACGCUCCCCUCGCCUCCUUUUACCCCAGCCUCACUCCAUUUUACCCUGGGGUAUAUCUACACGGGAACCCUCGUGUUCUCCCACCGGACGUAUGACCUGGACACCGCGUUCGCGAUCCUUAAGUCGGCGAUGUACCUGUCUUUGGACGGGCUGGUCGCUGAAGUCCAGGCCCGGAUCGUGUACGAGAUGCUUCACGGACUGUUCCAUGCGUCUCUUGAAUUCAACGAGUAUGAGCGCAUCACGGGGUCCAAGUGGGGUACUGGCGGGUGCCGGUGCCGACAGUGCGCACGGCGAGCGCCUCGUGUACUCGAAUUCGCGCUUGCAGACGAUGUCAAGAACACGUAUUUGGAACGGGGCGCUCGACGGGCGCUGGUGGGCCUGUUCGGUGAAGGCUGGUGCAUCUCUGAGUUCGCAUCGCUUCCGCAGAAGAUCCGAGAAAAUCUGCUAAAGGGUUUGGCAAAACGAACGACGCCGCUAAACCUAUUUCCUCUACUGUUCGCCGCGCAGCACGCGAUAAAGAAGCUUGACGCUGUCAUCGAUGCAUGGGCAGACACGUCGCGGGAGAUGGUACUGCAGGCGCGGAAGGCGAUCGACGAAUGCCUUGUGAGUCAGAGCGCUGAGUGCUUCGAACAGGAGGACUGGCUGCAGAUCAUGGAGGCAGAUGGAAUGAGGUUUGAGGACGGCGAGCGGGUUGCCUGGGUGAUGGAAGCGAUUAAGCGUGGAAUGAUUGAGAAACACGCUGGGAUGAUGUAUCAGACCCUUGUAAAUAUUCUCCUGCGACCACACCCAACAGAUGAAGACGCUGCUAUGCUCUCCGCCACAUCGCACAUCCGCGUGCAAGUUGAGGACGCACGUGCAGAUCUCAUCCGGUACAUCCGAAAGCGUUGGGUGGCCACGCGUCAACAAGGCGGUUUCGAUGGCCUCGAGGGCUGGGCCAUAAAAGAGAUCUCUCAGGAACUUGAAGUCUCUGUUGAAGACCUCGUAUCACCCGCUCAGCCCUCCAACCCCCGACGCACUGCCUUCCGCAAGUCUUCCGUAGCUACAGAUGCGGACUCUGAUACACUCAGUGUACACUCGCUGCGCGCGUCUGUGCUGAGCCGUAAUAUCACCGGCCCUCACAAGCAUACCCGUGAGGCCACAAAUACCUCAUCCGCUGCAAGCGUGCGCACCAUCGGGCGUUCGUCUCCACGCGUUCCUACGACUCCCAAGUCUAAUGAUGUACGGCCUGACUCUAAGCUCACGCCCGAGUCGCAGAGUAUCACAUCUGUACGAUCAAGUGCGACGGAGAAGGCUAUGCAACGCAAGAUACCCUCGCCUCGCACAGGCAAUGUCAGUCCCACGCCAAAUGGGACGAGGCCCACACUUAGUAAACUCAUCACUUCUUCCUCACCAUCUCCAAAGCCAAAAUCCAUUGCACCCUCGGUGCGUUCACGUGUUUCCAGUGUCCGUUCCUCCGCAAGAGAGUCGACACUUCGUAUUCCAUCUGCUUCCCGUCCGAACUCGAGUUUGUCCAGUGCAACAAGCGAUGCCACAUUCAGGACUGCACCUUCUGAAGCGAUCACGCCGCGCUCGAGGAAGGUGUCUGGAGGCUCUACGGUUUCAAAUGUGAGCGCGAGAACUGUGGGGACGAGCAGAGGCACUCCUGUAAGAGAAAGACUAUCAUCUGGAGUGUCCACUUCAACCACAACAACCUCUGUGGUCGCCACAAGAACAUCCGGGCGUCGCUCAGCAACCGAAUUCAACAAGCUGAUCCCCUCCAAGCGUACACCCACUAAAACCGCCACCCUCUCACAAAGGAAGCCACUCAGCAAAGUCAUCGAGAAUCUCAGUCACUCUCAAAAAUCGCCUCACAUUACGCUUAGCGACCUCGACAAGGGCAAGGAUCGCGAGACGGUCAGCCUCGAUGAUGAUGGUAGCUCUCCGAUGCAGGAUGCGGCCUUUCCCACAGCAGACUCUCCCCCAGCACUCACCCGCCGCGGGUCAUCAGACACCAUCACCACAAGCGUACGGACUCCCGAACAAUCUGCCUCCCCGGUGGAGGCGAACGUUUUGGGUCAGCUUCGCGGCGCGACGCUCGAUAUUGGCAUUCCAUGCAUAGUGUCGUCGAAGCGCAAGCGCUUCAAAGCAUUCGCACGAUACAUUGGCGAAGUCGAGGGCGAGCUUGGACCCUGGGUCGGCAUCGAAGUACCACUGGAGGCCUGGGUCGGUGACCCCUCAGACGGCCGUCAGUGGAACGAUGGGUCGUGGGGGGGCAUCCGUUAUUUCGAUAUCGGGAGUAGCGGAUCAGAGUGGGAGUUUGGCGCAGACGACAAUCAGAUGCAGAGACGGCGAAAGAUGGACUGGAUGAACGGGUCAGGGAGGGAUACUCGCGGAUUGAAACGAGAAGGAGACCAGUUGACUGUAGGAAUGGAUCGUACGAAGCGGAUGCGAAGCUCGUCGCCCGCAGCAUCAGACCUGUCGACGUCCGAGUCGAGGGGACUGUUUGUCCGACCACAGCAAGUCCUCUAUGUCGUGGAUGCUGUCGGGGCUGAUCUCUGAUGAAAGAAGAAUGGGACAGUUGGUUUUAUUAUUCUCUUCUCGUGGGUAUUGAUACCAUUAUGGUUUGCUUUUAAGUCGUCAUGUUUUGAUUUUGCACUUCAACAUACAACCACGAUCCUUGCAUUGGUAUACCAGACAAUCACACUCUCGCGCUUCAUUUCAUCUUUGCAUACAUUACUGAUGACAAUACACUAACUUUCGCCACCAGCAGAUUAUUGAUUCUAGUAUGGAAGAUUGGUCAGGGGGGAUUUUGCAGGAUUUUAUUUCUUUUUAGAUUCUGCUCUUCUUCAGCUGAUGAAGGUUUCGCAUCAUUUCACGUUACUAGUGCUACCAUCCUAAUCGAGUCCUUUUCGAGUCUUCGUAUAAAAGUUGUAGCACGUUGUAACGCCGGCGUUUUUGAAGUUGACCUAGUGAACUUAAUUACUCUCG